UUCUAGAAAUAUAUGAUCAGUUCAAAUAUAAACGCGCAGCAUAUUGGUAGCGUGAGUAACAAUAAACAUUCCUUGACUUGUGUAAAACCUAGAGAGCUAUGUCCGACCCUUUGUGGUUUCUGGAAAACUUGGAAGGAAACGAGCCUAAAAACAAUGAAAAAGAUUACAUCAGGAAUUACAACUCUCAAAAUCCUGUAGGACAAAAUGAUUGGACUCUAGAAAUCAUUGACCGUUCCUCUGAAGAAGAAAAAGAGAAGAACGGUUUUUCUAAUACCCAGGAUACCCUAAAUAUGGAUGAAAACAAAGUCACAAAGGUAUUACACCUCGACGUUUUGAAAGACGAAGAGAGCCUUAGAUCAGCGCUCGAAAGCUCGCUAUUGGAGUCUAUAAAGGAUGUAAAAAAUCCUGAAAUUCAAAUCACUGUCAACUCUAAACCCGAAACUGAAACAUCAUCUGUUAAGCUGGACGAGAGUAACGUUUUGAAUACCAAAAAGAAUGACAAGUCCAUCCGUAUAACUCUAAACAAGAAAGAAAACGGCGAUUUCGUUGGAGAAGAGAAGUCAUUUUUAAUUGGCAGCUCAAAUGGCGAAAACGAAGUCAAUGAAAGUGUUGGGGAUGGACAGCAAUCAAAAGUGUAUGUGAUCCUUCCCCCGGACCAAAACAGUCAACCGAAAGUUAACGCUGAAAUGUCGUCGUCCGGUGAUGCGAACGCUAACUCGACGUACUACGAGGAGGUUGGCACCGCAGUCAUCAACCUGAACGAUAUUAUCUCAAAGAAAAAAAUAUCUGACAAUGGCAACAUCACGGCUGAAUUUGACUUAUCAUCUAUCAUCAGCUCUUCUGAGGGGAUUCCAAAGAUGGAACUAAUCAUUAAAGUCAAAGAUGACCGUGACAAACCUGAUGAGACGAUCACCUCGGAAGAUAAUCCCUUGAUGAACUACUCAGAAGGUGAAAUCGCUCGCGUGAAGGAACUGCUGAAAGACUCUGCAACUUUGGAAAGCUUGGACUCCCAGCUUGAAACUGCAAAAGACGUACGAGAGGUUCCGAUCACUGUGACUCCUUCCACUUCGUCAACAUGGCAGACUACCACGAACUAUGAGAGUUUUACCAAUGCGGCAAAGUCCCAGAAGUCUUCAGACCCUAGUGUGGCCUGGGAGGAUAAGUCAACUGACACCUAUGUCCGCAGGGAUGGCUCACAGUGCACUCGCACUGUAUGGAGCUCACCUCGGGGACGUCGUGUGGAGACCAAGUGCUUCAGGGACGACAGGGACGCCCCAAGAGGUAGAAGAGUACGGGCCCUGGAUUGGUCUCCUAGAUUUGGAUCUUUCUUGAGUGACUUUGAUGAUGAUUUCAACCGCAUCUUUUCCUACGCAAAUCGCUUUUUUUAAACUAAUCUCUUUGAAGAAAGAUGUUAACAAGCAUGUAUUUGGUACAUUAAAGGGGCUUAAAUACAGAACUAUAAAAGGGUUGAUACCUUAAAUGUCUUAUUUACCAUAUAUUUAUAGUUUUCAUAAUGAAAUCUAUUGUCAUUAUACGAUCAUGUAUUUGGGAUGCUAUUUGUUAAUAAAAAACUCUAGUAUUUGGAAAUAAAUUGUUUAUAUCCGUAAUCCGUA